GGCAAGAUGGGUCACCAGCAGCUCUACUGGAGUCACCAGCGGAAGUUCGGCCAGGAUUCUCACUCUUGCCACGUCUGCUCUAACCACCACGGGCUGAUCCGUAAAAACAGCCUGAACAUGUGCCGUCAGUGUUUCCGCCAGUAUGCGAAGGACAUCGGCUUCAUUAAGUUGGACUAAGCGACCUUGAAUGGAUUAUUCAAGACUGUCUACACAAAGAAACAGAUCAUGCUAGUCUUUGUACAUAAAGAAUAAAAAU